GAAGACUAAACCCAAAGAAGAUGCUGAUGUCUCAUGCACUCAGAUCUGCUCUGAGGCCUAUCAUGGACCUCUCCUGGCCUGUUAGCAGGCUGUGGCCUGAAGUCAGACCUCUCUUCAAACAGCAGGACAUCCUGCAGAGAACCUUCCAGGAGCUGCGCAGCAGUCUGGAGCUGAUGGACAAACUCCAACAGCAGAUGCUGGAGGACUCAGGAGCUUUCAGGAGAGGUGUGGCCCUGCAGCCAKUCUCCUACCAGMUGARCAAAGSGRGAGAUCACUUCGGUCUGACCCUGGACACUCAAGGCUUUUCUCCAGAGGAGCUGUCAGUCAAGCAGGUGGGCAACAAGCUGAGAGUCAGUGGGAAGUCUGAGAAGAAGCAGGAGGACGAGAAAGGCUCCUACUCUUACAGCCUGCAGGAGUUCAGACAGGAGUUUGAUCUGCCUGAAGGGGUGAACCAUGAAGCCGUCAGCUGCUACCUUUCUCCUGAUGGAAAGCUCCACAUCCAGGCAGCUAAAGUCCCAAGUGUUGAAGCGGCUGAGAGAGAGCUGGCUAUCAAGAGGAGCUCUGAGGAGGAAACACAGCAGAAAGUGACGACACAGGAUGAAGAGCGCCCACCGGAGACCCCCAACAGAUCAUAGAACCAACUGAAAACAUGGACAGAUUUAUGGCUGUUGUGUUAAUUAAAAAUGUCUGAUAAUUGGUGAUUCCUCAGUCCUUUGUAUUACAAUUGAAGGAUGUACAUUUUUUUAUGUUUGUUGUUUUAAAAUUUUUCUGCAAUUAAAAAAAAAUCAUUUAAA